AUGACCGAGGCAACAACUUCAACCUCAAACCCUCCUCCAGCAGCGCUGGUGGCGGGGGAACCACGAUCGAUCACAAACCACAUCAUCCAAAUCCCUCACCCACAGUUCCCAUUCUUCUUGACACAGAUCGUACACCUCUCCUCCUCCUCUUCUACAGCGGGGAGCAGCCUUUUCGUCCAUGUCACAUCUAUCCCCGCCACCACCGCACAUACUCUCCUACCCAACCCCAAUCCCACCGCUUCCACCUCCUCCGCACCGCAAACAUCAGAGGAAGAAGCUCUAGACGCAGAACUAUCAGCCGCACUCGCAGCCGCAGGCCGCUCAGCUCCCCCAUCCCAACCUUCCUACACAGUUCCACUAGGAGCACUAGCAGAAGAUUUCGCACUAGCCAUGUGCCCCGUACUCCCAUCCCCCACCUCCUCCUCUACAGCCGGAGGGUAUAGAAGAGAACCAAUCUCCACCACAAUCAGUACAACUUCCACCAGCUCCUCAACCACCUCGCUCGCCUCUUCCAUUUCCAAACGGAUCGCAUCCAAACUUUCUCUCCCACAACUCCUUCUCUCACUCUCCAUCCCCAACCCUCUCCUACCCCAACCUGGCCGAAUCCAGUCAGCGCAAGACUCACAUGCACUCCUCGCACUCGAAAAAGGUCUGCGAGAUGCUUGCUCACUUGCCCUAUCCACACAUGUACAAUAG